AUGCAGCUUGCACUUUCACGAGUCGCGCAGGCCCGAAGAGGACUCGGAGUGCCAUUGUGCCUGGAUACAGCCGUAUCUAGCUCUAUACGAUCUCUCUGUCCUCUCCGAUCCGGUUCACCUGCGCGAUACUAUCAACACCAAUUACUAUACUCCCGACGCCACAACAGCAAUGCUACAGCCCCUCCAAAAGCAAGACAACAGACCCCAAGCCCUCAAACGACAGCCGGAGACCCCAAUCCGCAGCACACCACAACAACCCGCCCACAGCCCACUGGCCCAUUAUCUCCCACGAUCUCUGACCACGUCCGCCUGCUCAUGCGCCGAGUCCCCUACCCAGUAGCCAUCAUAACCGCCACCGACCCAGCAGGCCCCCCAGACACAACCGCCUUCCGGGGCAUGACUGUCUCCUCCUUCAACACCGUCACGCUGACCCCACACCCGGUGAUCUCAUUCAACGUUCGUCGGCCCUCGGAGACCCUGAACGCGCUGCUCGCCUCGGGCCGAUUCCUCGUGCACUUACUCGCGCCGGGGCCCGCGACCGCCACGCUAGCCCGCGACUUCUCCAAGGGCAACACGGCGCUAGCGGCGAUGCUGAGCGGGCACGGCGAGUUCGAGUUUGCGGCUUUGGCUGCGGAGGCGGGUGCAGAGUCUCAGGCCGGGGAGUCUCAAAGACCGCUUCCUAUUCUUCAACGACGCAAUCAAUCCCUUGAUUCGUCUGCGUCGGCUCGCGAUCAACCGGGUUUUAUCGAUGGAGCAGACUUUCCCUUCGUUCUGGAGUGUACCCUCCACCCGCAGAAGAUCGAUGUGCACGAUCACUCGAUUGUGCUGGGGACGGUCAUCCGCGCGGUCCAGGACUCGGAUGUGACGCUCUCAAACCAUACCUCUGAGUGUGUUGACUCGAGUGAGAAUUCGCCUGAUCGGAUGUGUUUGACCUACGCGAAUACCCGGUUCUGGAAGAUGGGGAGCACGAUAUAA